CGCUGUCAUCGACACCCAUCUUCCUCGGCUCAUUUCCGCGUCGGCUUGUUUUGCCUAGGCGGUUGAGCACGUCCUCGACCGCCCGACCCCGCACACGCCCCCACCAACCGCAAUGCAAGAUAUGCCCGAUCUGAUUUCACUACUACUUUACUACAUACACGCACUACCCCCUUGCACAGUCUCCAAUCCACAGCUGCAGUAUUCCGGAAUCCGAGUUCUGCCACCCGAGGCCCAAGCUGUUGGCCUGGUGUCUCCUUGAUGCUGCUGACCCCCCUGCCACGGGCCCAUAUCCGACCCCCACUUCCCACCAUCUCCACCCACAACCACCACACCCACACCACACAUACUCACCACCCCUACAACCUCACCCACCCACUCCUUGCCCGCCGAUAUUCACAAAAGCCGACACCAUCCCGUUAUCAGCAUCGCUGCCGGCUGCUCACCACCGAUCGCCGCCCGAGCCGACCCGUCGACCGCCGGCACAACCCUGAUCAGGCUGAGCCGAGCACGGGUAUAGUAUGAUCUACCCGUGGUAGUGACACAGGUGACAAUGGCAAUCAGUCCCUUGCCGCAGCCUCUCCCCACCUUCUUCUCCCCACCUUGCCCAUCCUGCCCCCAGCUGCUCACUGCCGAAGCCAAGACUCACCCGCCAGACACGCGUGGACCAACAGCAGGUGCGGUGAUUUUGUGCCAAUUUCGGUCAAUAAUGGUCUGAGAAAGGCGAAAGCUCAGAAAGAUUUCCCGCACCCACCCCUCCAACAGUCACCCCUCAUACACCUCACGUAGGCUGUAUUGAGCUUCAAACGUCGCUUCCUUGCACGCCUGCUUGUUGUUAGGGACGUACCUUCCCUCUCCGUGCUCUCCCGGCUUUUCACCCUUUUGGUCCUUGACACUUUGUUGCAAUCUCCUGACUGCCCUGAACGGUCUUGACCUUGUCGUCACCACACCACCGGCCUCUCCGCACGUCGUACCUUUUGCUCCACCCACCUCCCUCCCAUGGCCGACGCCAUGUACCCGAGCCUCUCUGGCUCGCCCACCGGUGGUCGUCCACCGCCGCCUCCCUCCCCCCGCUCCUGGUUUAUUGCUCUCCAUACCGGCGCCGGCCAGGUCGCGUUCGGCACCGGCUCGACACCCACUCCGGCCCACACCGCCGCCCUCGCCGCUCUUGAGGCCGGCGCUGCUGUUCUCCGCGCCGGCGGCCGCGCGCCUGCUGCUGUCGUCGCCACCCUCGGCGUUCUUGAAGAAUGCGGCGAGUUCAACGCCGGACGCGGCGCUGUCCUCAAUGCCAUGGGCAUGCAAGAAAUGGAUGCGAGCGUCAUGGACGGUUCCACGGGCGCGUUUGGCUCUGUUGCAGCCGCACCGUCUCUCGCGCACCCAUCGCGCCUCGCCGCCGCUCUUCUUGCCUCGGGCGGCUCCAUGUCCAACUCAGGACUCCGCGUCAACCCGGGAGCUCUUGCUGGCCCUGGCGCUGUCGCACACGCCGCCUCCCUUUUUGGCCACUCGGACCUGGUCGUGUCCUCGGUCCCGCCGCGCGUCAUCCGUGAGAACGCGCUCCAUCUCGAGAUCCUCACCUCGCGUCCGGGCUCGUACGCCUCUCCCAUGUCGCCCAACGCUCUGCUUGACAACUCCAUCUCUGCACUGAUGCAGCGAAUGGACACUGUCGGCGUCGUGUGCUGCGACUCUGAGGGCCAUUUUGCAGCUGGCUCGUCGUCGGGAGGCAUUCCGCUCAAGGUUCCUGGCCGUGUCGGUCCGGCCGCCGUCCGGGGUGCCGGCGUUUGGGCCGAUACCCAAGGCGCCGCCGUCGCCACCGGUCAAGGCGAGCAGAUCCUACUCACCGAGAUGGCCCGGAGCCUGGCUUCCGAAGCACGCUCGGCUGUCCACAAUGCAAGCUCUCCUAAGGUCUCGUGCUCAACCACCACGCCUUCGUCUGACCCGCAUGCUUCCAAGCGCCGUCGCACUCUUGAUACCCGCUCCAACACCUGCAGCUCAGCGUCUGCCUGCGAGGGCACCGGGUCGGCACCAUCGGCUGCUGGCCCGAGCAGCUCUGUCAUGUCCGUCGCCGAAAACAACAACGAUGCUGAUGACGACGACGAGCUCGCAGAUGUCGCUUCGCGGUCCAAGCUCGCCCUCGCUCGCAUGCCGCCUAGCCGGCGGCCUCCUUCUUUUCACCUUGGCGGCGGCGUUCUCGAGCUUGUCUACCUCCACUCUACCUCGGCCCUUCCGCUCGCCUACCAGUCCUCCACCAUGGCUCGGCCGGUCUUUGAAGUCUCGCGCCUCGGCACCACACGCCGCUACGAGGGCGUUGCCGUUGUCACAUCCGGCACGGUUGUCCGCUUGCCCAACUUUAGGAACUAGCAGCCU